CUUUUAUUAUACUUCCAUAAAACUCACAUGGCGAUAACUAAUGAUACGAUUAUACGAAGGUGGCAGCCUCUAGAGAAUUCUGAACCUCGGAAGGACGGAAUAAAGGGAACUUACAGAGUUGAUGUCGACAUUCCUGCUGACGAUUGGAUAAAUAUCACCAAGUUUUAUGACGUGCUCAUUUUCAACACUGGACACUGGUGGGGUUCGUAUAAAUUCCCAAAAGAGACCCCCCUUGUUUUCUACCGAGGAGGAAAACUAAUUGAGCCUCCACUUAGCAUCUUUGAUGGGCUGAAGGUAGCCCUCAAAAGUAUGGGCUCCUACAUCAAAAGGGAGGUCCCAAGUAAAACCCUGAAGCUGUGGCGCACACAGUCACCCAGGCACUUUGAUGGAGGCGAUUGGAAUCACAACGGCAGCUGUGUCUCUAACAGGCUCCUACAACAAAAUGAGCUCGAUUCCUGGUUUGUUCCAAGGUUCGGGGGAGUGAACAAAGACGCGAGACUAGUGAACUCAUUGCUCCAGGAAGCGCUAGUUGAGACGGACAUCCAGCUGCUCAACCUGACCUACAUGAGCGAGUUCCGCGCCGACGCCCAUCCGGCUGUCUGGCUCGAGAAGAAGGAUGAGGUGGUAGUCUGGAGGCAGGACUGCAUGCACUGGUGCCUGCCCGGCGUGUGGGUCGACAUCUUGGCAGCACGGAUCUUGCACUACUUCAAGCAGGGCAAAGGUUGA